AUGGGCGACUGGGCCCGGGGAUGGACCAGAGUCGGACAAACAGGUCCGACCCAGCACUAUGGUCGUGUAUGGGAGGCCGAGCGCGAGCUCCAGGAGCUUAGCAUUAUAGAAAGCUGGAAUGAUGAUGAUAAUUGGCCCGGCAUAAACAAACCGCUCUUCAAUGGCCCCGAUGCGAAGCGCUUUGAUACAAAACUUGCUAAACUUGAAGAUUUGGGAUAUGGCGCAUUCGGUCGCGUUGAGAAGGUCUCGUACGGGUCUGUCUGUCUUGCCCGUAAAAGGAUCCCACGCCGACGCGGAUUUACUAUCGACGAUCUGCGCAAGGAGAGCUUGACUAUGCAGAAACUCGACCAUCGCCAUGUCGUCAAAUUGGUUGCCACAUACGCACCUCGAACCCACGAAUUAUGCCUGCUCAUCUGGCCUGCUGCCGUCUGUAAUUUGAGCACUCUCCUCGAAGACUUGGAAUACCUACGCAUGGGAGAAGGAGAUCGUGAAGAUAUCCUCGAGAGGCUAGAUGCCUUAGACAUCAAGGAUUUAAGUGCCAUAGAGCAAUCAUCUGAAGACCAGCUUCUUCACUCAACAACAAAAUGCCCACUCGAAUUCUUGCGCAAUACAAUAGGUUGCAUUGCCCGCGCAUUGGCCUAUUGCCACCAGAAUGAUGUAAGGCAUCUCGACAUCAAGCCAUCUAAUAUACUGCUCAAGGCAGACCGAGUCUACCUUGCUGAUUUUGGCGUCUCGAGAGAUGUUAGUGGACAGGAUCAAACUAUGACAGAGGGAGUACCGGGGACUGAGAGAUGGCGAGCCCCCGAAUUGUAUGCCAACAACGGUUCCAGCAUGCAGUUGUCAGAUAUCUACUCACUUGGUUUAGUGUUUCUAAAUAUUGCAACCGUUCUGUAUAAUGUUCGGUUAGCCGAGUUUGACGAAGCGUUAAGAUACCCAUCUAGGAAUACUCAGGAAGAACAGCUUCGUGAGCGAGAGCAAAAGCUGAAUGCUCAUUUGGAAAAGCUUACCUCUCAUGCCUUGGUCACUCCCCCUUUUAUGUUUACCUACGAGGGCCAAGAAACAGUUCGUCCCCGGCCAGUUGUCAACUUGAUUGCUCGAAUGAUCACGCCAAACCCCAAAAACCGAUUACACGCAUACAAAAUUGAUGACAAACUUUCCAUGCUCGGAGGAAUUCAUCAAAUUUAUCAUGGAGAGUGUUGUAAAAGGCCAAUCUCGUGGGUCGAAGACAAGUGGGACAAGAAGCUCACGGCAUUGACGAGCCUUCGGAAAGAAAACGAUCGCUUGAAACAAAAGGUUGCUGAGCUCGAAGGACGAGACAGAACAUACGAGUCUCGAGUCCAGCGCGAGGUUGAUGAACAUAAACAGGCUGUGGUCAUGCUUCAAAAGAAGCUAAAGGAUAUGGAGGAUAGGUGUCAUACGUUAGAGGCAGAUAAUGCCAAAAGGAGGAGUAGCACGACACAACGAAUCUUGAAUAUGGGCCUGGGCUUGAAUCGUCACCAAAAUCGAAGUCAACACCGGUUACGCCAGCGGCAAGGCCAUCCUUUCAGCCGUGGUCUCGGUCUUAUCAACGUCUCCCUCCAGAACAGAGAGCCUCACCACUACAACGACAGGCUGUCUCACCGCGACCCCCGAAUGACAUAA